UAUCCAAACCCACUUACUCCUCUCACAGACCCCUCCCUCGUCUCCUCCACACACCCUCGUGCGCCGCCUCCACCUCGUCUCCCCGGCACCACAUCGCCGGCCACCGCAGACCUCCUCUCACCGCCUCCCCCCUUCCGGCGGCGAUGGCGGCGAGGCUCGCACAGCUGCGGACCAAGGUGGCGCAGGCGGCGGACUUCGCGUCGAAGCACGGCGGCGCAUACUACAAGGAGGCCAUGGUCCCCAAACGCCCCUCACCCGACCCUGCCGCUCGCUACCUUCCCCUCGCCGCCACCGCACUCCCACGGUGCUCCGUCCAGCCGGAUUUCACCACUCACAAGAUGAGGGAGAUCCUCCACAUUCAGGGCGGGCAAUGUAGCAACCAGAUCGGCUCCAAGUUCUGGGAGGUGGUGGCAUCGACCCCACGGGGCGGUAUGUGGUCACCUCUGACCUGCAGCUGGAGCGCGUCAAUGUCUACUACAAGGAGGCUUCCUCGUUUUGUUCCAGCUAGGAUUUAUUGAAUCCAUUCAUGCUAUAUUGUUGCUGCCUAGUCUUUCCUUCAUUGCAUAUUUAUUGCAGUAGAGUAACUUCCUGAUGGCAAUGGUUGCAUAUCACAGAGUAAAGUCAAUGGCUGCUUUACACCAUCUUGGAGUACUAAUUUUUCUUCAACUAGACUUAAUUUUCUUGCAGUAGAGUAACUUCCUGAUAGAAAUGGUUGCAUAUCACAGAGAUACGCUGCUGCUAGCGCAGGCGAGGUGUGCUUCUU